UUCUUUCGAAUAUCAAUCGAUUCGGCCGAUUAUUCGUUCCGAAUGACGUCCCAAUCAGAACAUGCGAAAGUUCGAAGCUUCGACCAUGGCACACAAGAAACAAGAAAGAACAGCAAUCUGUCAUUUAUAUAUUAGCGUUGAUGAGGCAAGACCAGACCAGACGACCAAUUCAUCUCACAUCCAUCCUCGUCUUACAGUACAGUGUUGAUAGAGACUACAGUACUGCUGAUCGACGAGAGAAUCAAGCACAAAGUCAAGAAUGGCGGAAUCCAACAUUUCUAUAGAGGACGGCACAAUGAGAGUGUUGACAGAACCUCUGCUCAAGACAGAAGAGACGGCAUCCACGCAAUCCAACCACAGCGACGACAAUGACGAAGAAGAAUUGCAUCAUGAUCAGGAGUACAUUUUGGUAGAGGAUCACUAUUGUGAAUUGGAUCCCAAACGAUUUGUCGUGCUGUGUGUCUUUAGUCUGAACAAUCUCCUGCCAUCGACGUUUUGGAUCACCUUUGCUCCCAUUCAAGACGCCGUUCAAGUCAAGUUCAACAUCACGGCACAACAAGUCAAUUGGCUGUCCUUGAUAUUCAUGUUGCUAUACGGACCCGCCACGGCACUGUGUGCCUACACCAUUCGAACGGUGGGACUGAGACACACGGUCGUCGGGAAUUCCAUCCUCAUGGCCGUGGGAAGUUUGCUGCGAUGGUGGAGUUGUUGCUGGAUUAUGACUGAUGGAAGUAAUAACUGUUUUGCCUACGUGCUGUUAUUGACGGGGCAAGGCAUUGUCGCCGCCGGACAACCUGUCUUUGCCAAUGCUCCCGCCAGGGUAGCUUCUUCCUGGUUUGAACAAACCACACAGCCCAUUGCCGUGGUAUCCAUUGCCGCCAGUAUUGGCAUGGUCAUGGGGCAGGCCAUGUCACCCCUAUUGGUGGAAGAAUCCACAGGCGCGCAUCUGGACCAACUGUUACUGGGACAAGCAGUGGCCAUGGUCGCUUGUACCAUUGCCACUUGGUACUGGUUUGACGAAAUGCCUGCCAUUCCACCCACACCGGCCGAAGCCGCACGACGGCGGCAACAACAACCAUCCACAACCACGUCAUCGUCGUCGUCCAUGACACAAGAUAUUUGGAAACUACUGACGGAUCGACAAUACAUUGUGCUCACUGCUGCCUUUGGCAUUAUCUAUGGCGUCGGCAAUGCUACCAUGACCAUCACACAACCAUGGAUUGCUUCGGCGGGAUUUCCGGGAGACAAGACGGCGGGUCUCUGUGGAUCCUGUUCCAUUGUUGGAGGACUCAUUGGGAUGAUGAUUGCAGCUCCCUGGUUGGAUUACACGCAAAACUACAAUCAAGCCGUUCGCGUGACGUCUGUCGUUUCGUUUCUGACCGCCGUCGCCACGGUGGCAUGCCUGCAACCCAACUGUCCUGUCUGGCUAUUGGCCGCGGCAUUUACCGCCAUGGGCAUGGCACAGAUGCCACUCUUGCCCAUUUGCAUUGAUGCCGCAGCCGCACACUCGUAUCCAAUGCCGGAAGAGUUGAGUUCGGCGGGACUGCAGCUGGUAGGACAGUAUCUGGGCAUUGUUCUGGUGGACAUGUUGGAACCCAUGAUACAACGGCAACAACAUAAUGGCGCUGCCGUGGGCUUUGCCGCACCCGUCAAUAUUCUGUUGCUGUCGCUCGUGGGGAUAUCCACCGCCAUGGGUUUGACGUAUCAAGGCAAGAAUCCAAGAGCGACUGCAAAUAAUCAGGCCGCCGCCGCCAACCAUGACAUUACCAAUGCUGCUGGCGAAGGGGAGAUCGUAGGGGCGGAUGAGGAAAUCCAGAACGAGACAUCAUAAUCUUACCUAUCUAGCUAGCUAGCCUGUUAAUGACACCAUAGAGUAUACAUACAUUAGCUCACGAGUUCGGUGGUUCCUUGCGCUCGAGUUCGUGUGCGCUCGUUACGGAAGAGCGACAGGGCAUCUUUUCAAAUAAAGCGACUCCUAG